GGAACAGAAGGGGCAUGUCCCUUUAAGAAGAGGAGGCAGCUUGUCCUUACAAGGUAAUGGCGGUGCAGCAGGACAGGAACUGCUGAGCCCAUACUACAAUCCUCUGCCUGUGACUGCACUGCAGAGCCCUCCCUGGGAAUGUAGGACGAAGGGGGGACAUGACAGUCCAGUUAUAUAACCCUGCAGGAAGGCACGCCGAGCCCUUCCAUUCUGCUGCAAUCAUAGGACGGUGAGCUGCUGCAAUCACAGGAACGGAUUUGCACGGAAGAGGAAAUCCCUUCAGGGAAUGAAUGGUGACCUUGUUUGGGAACGCGCUGCACAUGUGUGAUGUCUACAGGUCCCCCCCCGCCCACGGGAGGUUCUGCUGAACAUGAUUCCAAGAUCGAGUCCCUUUUGGUUGCCUAGCGAAGGAUCCGGAGCUCUAUGAACGCAGAGGUCCAGGCCGUCAGUUCUGUAGAAUGCACGCCUAGUUCCCCCGAAGCCAUGUCCCUGCCCAGGUUGCUCCGCGGAGGCGGGGUCCUGUCUGCCGGCCUGCGAGGUUGCAGGAUGCGCUCUUCGGGUGCUCCGCACGAGAGGUGCCUGCGGGUGCUGGUCGACAUGGAUGGCGUGCUGGCCGACUUUGAAGGUGGCUUCUUAAAAAAGUAUAGAACUCGAUACCCCCAAGAGCCUUACAUCGAGCUGGAGGAGCGCCGAGGAUUCUGGGUGUCUGAGCAGUAUGAACAUUUAAAGGCUGGACUUAGCGGGAAAGCUAUUAGCAUCUGGGAAUCAAAGAACUUUUUCUUAGAAUUGGAUCCUAUAGAUGGCGCUGUGGAGGCAGUAAAAGAAAUGGCCAGUUUACCCAACACGGAUGUCUUCAUUUGUACCAGUCCAAUCAAACGAUACCAGUACUGUCCAUAUGAAAAGUAUGCCUGGGUGGAGAAGCACUUUGGACACGAGUUUUUGGAGCAGAUUAUUCUGACUAGAGAUAAAACGGUGGUUUCUGCUGACCUUCUGAUUGAUGACCGGCCAGAUAUAAUGGGAGCAGAAGCCAACCCCACCUGGGAACACAUCCUCUUCGCGGCCUGCCACAAUCUCCAUCUGUCCGCCGCGACCUUACCCCUCAGGAGGCUCCAUUCGUGGCGGGAUGACUGGAAGGAGGUCCUAGAAAGUAAACGUUCUCAGCUUUCCGAGGCAUGCAGGGUGACCCGUCAAACAGAGCCGAAGGAUUAACCAAUCAGAACAAAGCCAUUUACAAUCCUCUCCUCCCCCUUUUGGAUGUAAUUGGAUGAGUCUGGUGCUCUGAAGCUGUGGAUGCCAAUGGAGGAAGAAGGUCCAAAGACAUUUCCUGUAAUGGGCCAUUCCAUUAGAUAAGCUGGGAUGGGGGGGGAGUGCCUGCGUUACACUGUAUUAGAAUUUCUUACGCACAAAGUUUUAGACAUUAUUAUUUUCUUAUGCUGUUUUUUUUUUUUUAAGGAAUAUUUAAUUGUUUAUUAUUCUAUAGUAAUAGGAAAGAAAUGUAGCAGUGGGAUCAUAAGCAGCGCUCUACUAUAUUAAGGAUCUUAACAUAUUAAUUUUUUUUUAUUACAUUUUUAUUGUUGUUUUGAGUAUAUUUUUAGUCUUUUACUCCAUAAAUAUAUAUAUAUAUACACACGAGAAUAUAGAAUAGAUAGAUGUUUUUUGAAGAUGGAUAAAGAGUAUAUUAAAGAGAAAACUAAUACAAGGAUAUUUUUUUUUGCCAUAGCUGCUUUUAUGCAAAUGGUUUAUUCCAUAGGAUGACCCCCAGGGACUCUGAGUGUAAGGGGGUGUUGGUGCCUUUUUAGGAGAUAGUGAUUG